UACUGGGCUCUCAGCUGCCAUCAGAACAGGAAUAACAAAGGCUGGAGCAGCUGUGCCCGUGACAGCCAGAGAUAACCAUCUUCGGAGAGACUCAUCUGGAGAUCUAUCUAUGAAGGAUGAGCAGCUCUGUCUCAUAGACAGUCUUUACUUAAAAAGAAGAUAGCAGAUUACAGCUGAUCCAGAAGAGACAUCCAUUAGCUGAGAGCUAUUCAGGAAAUUCCUUGACAGCUGUCACCUGAGACCGAAAUCCUGAGACAGUCGUCAGCGACAGCCUGAGACCUCCGAAUCGAAUCGUUGUCCUUUCGCUAAGACGAUCGUCUGCUGUUCUACAGCACCUGCCUUGCCUGCCCUUCCCAAGAUCUGUCCCUCUUCUCCUACACACACAGUGACAGCAGCAUCCGAGGUCCCUCAGUCAUUCCCCCACCCUCUUCCCUCCUGUUCCCCUUUCAUUUCUGCUCACUCUCAGUCCUCCUCCUCCUCCCAUCAUUUGUUUGUGAUUGGUCCUGCUCCUUUUGUCUGACAGUCCAUUCUGUAUUCGUCUUCACCCAGUCAUCACAGCUACAUAUCGAUAUCCCUAUCUAUCUAUCAUCACUAUAUAAACACUUGUAAAAAAUCGCAACAAAAAUCACCAUCAAUAUAUAGACACAAACUCCUAAAGAGAAAUAUUUAUUUGCAUUACAGCAUCAUACAUUUAUACUGAGGCCAUUAUUUUCUGCCCCACUGUGACAGCUUCCACCGAACACACCAGAGGAUGGGGCAGUGAUCCCCUCAAAUCGGUAUCCCAGUAUGCCGGUAUAUCUAAUAAUGAUAGGCCUGCUGGUACAUGGGGCAUUGGCCCUCCAGCCCUGAAACAGCGACAAGGUGAUUCUCCACUUCAGCACAAAUGGACAUCAAGGGACACAACUGGGCAGAGGAAGACUCUGAUGGGGAAAAUGAAUGUGGGGAGUUCCUAUAUGGAGUACAGGGCACGUGCUGUGCUGACCUGUACAGACACCCUCAGCUAGAUGCAGACAUUGAAGCUGUUAAGGAGAUAUAUGGUGAAAAUGCAGUAUCUGUAAGGGAGUAUGGGACCAUUGAUGAUGCUGACAUCGACCUGCACAUUAACAUUAGUUUCCUGGAUGAAGAGGUAGCCACUGCAUGGAAAGUAAUUCGCACAGAACCUAUAGUACUUCGCUUGCGUUUUUCACUUUCUCAGUAUCUGGAUGGUCCUGAGCCUACCAUUGAUGUCUUUCAGCCAUCAAACAGAGAAGACUUUGGACUGGGAAUACAGCUAAAGAAGAUCUUGUCCCUCUUCUCGUCUCACCAGUGGCGGUAUCUCAGUAAUGAGGUCUUGCGCUCACAGCAGGAGAGAAGGCUACGUUGGCUUAGAGUCAGUGGUAGUAUUAAAAGGUUUCGAGCUGGGUUGAGCAUCUUCUCUCCAGUCCCUAAGUCUCCCAGUUUCCCCGGAGUUCAGGACUCUGCUGUGCGGAGUAGUCUCACAGGAUCAGAUCUCAGAAGUGGUCUUGCAGGAACAGACCUCCGUGGUCCCCGUCUCAUGAACAGAUCAGUGUCCUGCACUCUAAGAAACCCUAAGUCUGAGCUAUAUAGCAGUCAUACCACAACACAGGUCAGUGGACACUGUAAGACGGUUCCUACUCUAGAAUAUGGCUUUUUGGUACAGAUAAUGAAGUAUGCAGAACAGCGCCUCCCCACUUUAAAUGAGUAUUGUGUAGUAUGUGAUGAGCAGCAUGUCUUCCAGAAUGCAUCCAUGCUCAAGCCAGCAGUGUGUACUAGAGAGCUUUGUGUUUUCUCAUUUUACACUCUGGGAGUGAUGUCUGGGGCUGCUGAAGAAGUGGCUACAGGAGCUGAGGUUGUAGGUCUGCUGGUUGCCAUGUGUCGAGCGGCCUUGGAGUCACCACGGAAAAGUAUCAUAUUUGAGCCAUACCCUUCAGUAGUGGACCCUAACGACCCAAAAACACUGGCCUUUAACCCUAAGAAGAAGAACUAUGAACGUCUCCAAAAAGCCUUAGACAGUGUCAUGUCCAUCCGAGAGAUGACCCAGGUAAACUUAAGAGUGGGUUCAUACUUGGAAAUCAAAAAACAAAUGGACCGCCUUGACCCAUUGGCUCACCCAUUAUUGCAAUGGAUCAUUUCCAGUAACAGAUCCCAUAUUGUAAAACUGCCCCUAAGCAGGCUGAAGUUCAUGCACACCUCUCAUCAGUUUUUGCUGCUCAGUAGCCCCCCAGCCAAGGAGGCCCGAUUCCGAACUGCCAAGAAACUCUACGGAAGCACAUUCGCCUUUCACGGCUCUCAUAUUGAGAACUGGCACUCUAUUCUGAGGAAUGGGCUAGUAAAUGCAUCCUACACUAAACUGCAGUUGCAUGGAGCAGCAUAUGGGAAAGGAAUCUACCUUAGUCCCAUCUCCAGUAUUUCUUUUGGAUACUCAGGUAUGGGGAAGGGGCAACAUCGGAUGCCAUCCAAGGAUGAGCUGGUGCAGAGAUACAAUAGGAUGAACACCAUUCCUCAGACUCGAUGUCUCCAGUCCCGUUUUUUGCAGAGUCGGAAUCUCAAUUGUAUUGCACUGUGUGAAGUAAUAACAUCAAAGGAUCUGCAGAAGCAUGGGAAUAUUUGGGUGUGCCCGGUGUCUGACCAUGUCUGCACACGUUUUUUCUUUGUGUAUGAAGAUGGCCAGGUGGGGGAUGCCAACAUUAACACUCAGGACCCCAAGAUCCAAAAGGAGAUCAUGAGAGUGAUUGGAACCCAGGUGUACAGCGGAUGAGGGAUAUUUACCUCAGGAUUAUAGCUGCUACUGAGGGGACCAGUCUGUCCUCUCUAGGACCAAGAUCGUGGGGCAAACGUUGGUCUCUUUCUUGCUUCACAUGAAGGAGAUCUGUGACCCUCUUUGAUGUGGAGAUGAGGGUCUUGCACUGAUCAGGCUCUCCAGGAUACAGUAAGAUAUUUUUCUGUGUGGAGAUGUCAAUGAACUGGAACAAUUACCUGAAAUAUACAGACUCUGCCCUGUGACAGUGCUAUCCCCAUUACCUCGCUUUAUCCCUACUCUGAACAUUUCUCAUUUACAACUCUUUGUUUAACAAAAAGAAAAUCAAAAAGGUUAAAAAUAAUAAAAAAAAAGACAUGAAAAUUUUAUUUGGAGUCGAUUAUAUCAUUUGACUAAUGAAAGUUAAAUGGGGAAGGAAAACUUUUCACCUGGAUCAUACAGGCAAUAUUAAAGGUAAUUUCAUGCCACGCAUUACUGGUUGGGCAGACCAUCAUUUUUUAGCAUUUCUUAUGUUGGUCUCUUUCUUGCUUCACAUGAAGGAGAUUGGGCAUCCUCUGUGACCCUCUUUGAUGUGGAGAUGAGGGUCUUGCACUGAUCAGGCUCUCCAGGAUACAGUAAGAUCUGGAUCGUUUUAGCUGCAUGGUACGUGCCCUCAUGCUUCACUUUCAGGGAAAAUACUUCAGUGAUGGAUACAUGAUGAUCAUGAAGAUGUAUGGGAUCAGGAAUUAUGUUCAGCUGUAAUAUGGCAUUCAAAAAUGGAUCGGUUUUAACAAGCGGUUCUGGGUUUUUUAAUAGUUAUUGUGCUCCAAAGGCAGAAAUGACACCACAUUUCAAAAAAUAAUUAUAGGGUGUGCUUGAUAAGUUUAAACUAGCACUCAAGAAAAAAA